GUAACUGAUUGAUCCUCAACAUGUGAGAAACUUACAAGACAGAAUUAGAAGACCACAAUCAGUCAUCACUUCCAUCAAAGGAAUUAAGCUCUUAUAAAACAAGGGACACAACAAUAGAAGGAGAUGAAACAGGAAUUAGAAGAUCAAGGACAGUGUUCUUCUCAAGCGAUCAAUAACAACAACAACAUUCAAGCCUAUCAAGAUCAGCACCUUCUCCUUCAGCAACAGAUGCAACAAAAUAGUGACAUCUUUGGUGGCUCAAGAGGGUUAAUGUUCCCAGCUGAAGUUUCUCCAAUCUUGCAACCAUGGUCCAUGCCUCCGGUUCACUCAUUCAACCCGGGUCCGGUUCACUAUAACAACAACAACCACCAUGAUCAAACCUUUGUUGUUCCUCCCACACCAUCACCCUAUGCAAGCUUCUUCAACAGAAGGGUUCCUUCUCUUCAGUUUGCAUGUGAGGGUCCAUCCUCUGAUCAUCACCACCAUCUAAGGAUCAUAUCCGAUACCCUUGGACCCAUGGUUCAACCCGGUUCAACACCCUUUGGACUCCAAGCCGAGUUGGGCAAGAUGACUGCUCAAGAAAUCAUGGAGGCUAAGGCUCUGGCUGCAUCAAAGAGUCACAGUGAAGCUGAAAGGAGACGCAGAGAGAGAAUCAACAACCAUCUUGCCAAGCUUCGCAGCUUGUUGCCCAACACAACCAAAACAGAUAAAGCUUCAUUGCUGGCAGAAGUGAUUCAGCAUGUGAAGGAGCUGAAGAGGCAAACAUCAUUGAUAGCUGAAACGAGUGUAGUGCCUACUGAAGCUGAUGAGUUAACGGUGGAUGCAGCCGAUGAAGAUGGAAAGUUUGUGAUCAAAGCCUCUCUGUGUUGUGAAGAUAGGUCAGAUCUCUUACCUGACCUCAUCAAAACCUUAAAAGCGUUAAGGUUGAGAACCCUUAAAGCUGAGAUCACCACGCUUGGUGGGCGAGUAAAGAACGUGUUAUUCAUCACUGGUGACGAGGAUAGUAAUAAUAAUAUUAAUAAUAAUAAUAAUUCAUGUACCAAUAAUAUUGGUGAACAAAACUUGCAACAACAACAAUGUUGUAUUAGCUCAAUACAAGAAGCACUCAAGGCAGUGAUGGAGAAGAGUGGUGGAGAUGAAUCAGCUUCUGGGAAUGUUAAGCGCCAAAGGACUAAUAAUAUCAAUAUCCUUGAACAAAGGUCUUUAUGA